UGAAUGCAGGUGUUCUUCCCACUCUCGGUCUUCUUGUAUCAGCUUCCACACACUUGGCUGUAACAGGGCAAUCAAUGGCGCUCCUACGUCCGCGCCUAGCCGCCCUGCUCGCUCUGUGCGCGUGCGCCAUGGCUGCGCCGGCGGCCGCCGCCAACGUGUCGAUCACGACGUGCCGAUCCUUCUGCGGCAACAUCACGGUGGACUACCCGUUCGCGCUCCACGCCGGGUGCGGCCACGCGGGGUUCCGCGACCUGCUCUACUGCAUCGACCGCACGCUCAUGCUGCACCUCCCCUCGGGCUCCUACCGCGUCCUCGACGUCGACUACGCCUACCGCGGCCUCACCCUGCACGACCCGGCCAUGUCCGACUGCCGCGCCAUCGACCGCUCCCCGGGCGGCCGGGGCAACGGGUUCGUCGUCGAGCCGUGGCGCGCGCCGUUCCUGGCCCCGGACCCGGACAACGUGUUCCUCCUCCUCGGCUGCCGCGCCAGCUCGCCGCUCUUCCAGGGCUUCCCCGACCGCCACCUGCCGUGCCGGAACGUGUCCGGGAUGGGGUGCGGCGACUACUACGGCUGCCCCGCGUGGGACGACUACGGGCGCCGGCCGUCCGGCGCGGCGUACGGGUCGGCCGUGCCGCCCGAGUGCUGCGCGGUGUCGUGGGGCGCCAUCCGGGCGGUGAACGUGAGCCGUCUCCAGUGCGAGGGGUACAGCAGCGCGUACAGCCUCGCGCCGGUGCGCGCCGAGGGGGCCGGCGGGUGGGCGUACGGCAUCCGGGUGGCGUGGGCGCUGCCGGAGGCGAACCGGGGGUUCUGCGGCGCGUGCCGCGCCACGGGCGGGGUGUGCGGCCACGACGUGGAGAGCCGCGGCGACCUGUGCCUCUGCGGUGACUGGAACUCGACCUCCAACUGCGACUCCUCGGCGGACGCCGCGCCGUCAAGCGCCGCGGCGCCUGGCGCCGCCAUUGCCGCCCUUCUCUUGGCCCUUCUCGCCUCAGGAUUGUCGUCCGGAUCAAUAGCCAACAUUUGACGGCGUCAUGUGUUCAUCCAACAGUGACGACUGACGAGCUGUUCCUGCCGCCAUGAUUACCUCCGCCGUCUGGUGCACCGCCAUAGUACUUUUGUGUAGACAAAAACUAGUGCGACUGAAAUGUUUAUCUGCGACAUAAAUCUUUGAUUAGGAAAUCAGUGCCAUAUUACAUUCGAAGUAUAUCUACAAAACUUAUGCGAGUUAGAAUUGGUGUGCUUUGUGAGCUUGCUCGAUUCAUCAUGCUUAUUCGAUUU